AUGGCUGAAGAAGACAAGCCGACGGUAUCUGAUGCGUGGGUGCGUAGAGCUUCAAGGCGAUUUACCACUCUUGAAGGAUGGCAAGAUCUGGGACAUGGCGUUUACUCCUUUGCUGGCCAGGUAUUCGCUAUCCGUAUUCCACAGGAUAUUGGCUCCGAUUUCUAUGACUAUAACAACCAAUCAGACAACACUCGUCCAGGAGCACAAAAGUCAUCUCGCACAUUCCAGCCUAUUUCGCAAGAUAAUGAGAGAUCUAUCUCUAUAUCGAAAGACAAAGAAUUGCCCAAUCCUCCUGAACUUACACCAGCCAAGCCUGAAGACAAGUUCCAAGGAAAGCAAUCGGAAGCUCCAUUUCAUAUCCUGUCAGGCUCCCAGAAACGAAUGCUGGUCUUUCUCAUAUCUCUCGCUGGCCUUUUCUCUCCUUUAUCCUCCAACAUUUACUUUCCUGCUCUGGACGCUGUUGCUAGGGACCUGAAAGUUUCGAUUAACCUUGUAUCGUUAACAAUCACAUCUUAUAUGAUUCUUCAGGGCAUAUCUCCUUCCUUCUGGAGCGCAUUUGCAGACGCAAUUGGCCGGCGACCUAUCUAUAUUGGGACAUUCCUUGUCUACAUUGUAGCUAAUAUUGGGUUGUCAUUUUCUCCUAAUUUUACCGCCUUGAUGAUUUUCCGGGCCAUCCAAUCGGCUGGGAGUUCAGCCACGAUCAGUAUAGGCGCCGGAGUGAUUGGAGACAUUUCCACUCCAGCGGAACGCGGUGGGUAUAUCGGCUUGUACGGAGGCAUCCGGAUGUUAGGACAAUCUAUUGGUCCUGUAUUAGGUGGUCUCUUCGCAAGUGCUUUCGGAUUCAGGUCCAUCUUUAUCUUCCUUCUUACCUUUUCCACCCUCGUUCUUGCCCUCAUCAUUGUGUUCCUCCCCGAGACUUUGAGGAGCAUUGCAGGCAAUGGCACAAUUCGGUUGACAGGUAUCUACCAACCGCUUAUCUCAAGAGUUCGCAAAGAGCCCGAGUAUAUGGUAGACUCCGAUCCGAACUUCAAACUACAAAACGUGUCCAUUUUCCUUAUUAUUGAACCUCUCAAAUUUCUCUUUGAGAAAGAUGUUUUUGUCAGUCUUGUCUUCGGGGCUAUUGUAUACACCGUUUGGAGUAUGGUCACUUCUAGUACAACUUCUUUAUUCAAGGAACACUAUGGCUUGAGCGAGCUGCUUCUAGGUCUUGCCUUUAUUCCUAAUGGUCUUGGUUGCGUUCUUGGUUCAUAUAUUACGGGACGAAUCAUGGAUAAAGACUAUAGUACCGUCGAAGAACAAUUCAUAGAGGAACAUGGACUCCGCAAGGGAAAGAAAUUGGACAAGAGUACCCGUGGCAACAAUUUCCCUAUUGAAAAGGCACGAAUGCGCAGUAUGUGGUGGAUCGUGGCAAUCUUCAUCGUAGCCACUUCGGCUUACGGCUGGACAUUGAAGACUUCCAUUGCUGUGCCAUUGAUUUUACAAUUUUUUAUUGCUUAUACUGCAACCGCUGUUUUCAAUAUCAAUUCUGCCCUGGUCAUCGACCUGUUCCCAGGCAAAGCAGCCUCCGCAACCGCUGUGAACAACCUUGCGCGCUGCUUGGUAGGUGCAGCUGGCGUAGCCGGAAUUGAACCAAUGAUUGGGGCGUUGGGAUCGGGUGCCUCCUUCACGUUUCUUGCAUUGGUUACACUGACCUGCGUUCCAUUGAUGGUGAUGGAGUGGAUGUGGGGAAUGCGUUGGAGGCUGAAGAGAGUGGAGAGACUGCAGUCAAAAGAAUCAGAAGUAUAG